ACUCCCAGCUUCACUUCUUCAAUCACCACCACCGAGACUACCUCACACAGUACACCCAGAUACACUUCUUCGAUCACUAUCACUGAGACCACCUCAAACAGUACUCCCAGCUUCGCUUUGAUCACCACCACCGAGACCACAUCCCACAGUACUCCCAGCUUCACUUCUUCGAUCACCAUCACUGAGACCACCUCAUAUAGUCCUCCCAGCUUCACUUCUUUGAUCACCACCACCGAGAUCACCUCACACAGUACUCACAGCUUCACUUCUUCGAUUGCCACCACCGAGACCACAUCCCACAGUACUCCCAGCUUUACGUCUUUGAUCACCACCAGGGAGACCCCCUCACAGGGUACUUCCAGCUUCACUUUUUCGGUAACCACCUCUGAGACCCCCUCACACAGUACUCCAAGCUUCACUUCUUCGAUCACAAUCACCGAGACCACCUCACACAGUACUCCCAGCUACACUACCUCAAUCACCACCACCGAGACCCCCUGA